AUUGACAAUGAUCCAUAUAAAAUAUCUAUUAGCCUUGUAUGAAUCUAUAUAUUCUCCAUGGGUUAGGAAAUAUCGAUGCAUCCUGUAUACAUAAAAACGUUGACUGGUGUUAAAAAUCGUUCACUAGGAAACGAGCCGGCGAAUAGGAAACAAGCCAUGUUGCGACUCUUUACAUUGGCAUACGCUAUCACGAUUCUAUUAAUGAUUUCAAAAGCAUUAAACGAGUCAAAUAAAAACAUAGUGAGAACGUUAGACAAUUCAUUUCAUAAGGAAUCGCCUUCUUUAUUUUUGUUUCAUUUACUUAAAUUAAAAAAAAAGAUUAACAAAAUAGAACAAGUGCCGACUACACCACCUACUGCGGAUUGCAUUUGUGUACCCUAUUAUCUUUGCGAUGCUAAUCGUACCAUAAUUGGGGAUGGCAUUGGAACAAUCGAUAUUCGAUAUCGGAGAUGCACAGGAGAUUUAGAAAUAUGUUGUCGUCCAUCAAAUAUUACAGUCACUACUACAACUAUGCGAACUACCACCACUACAAAAGCACCAACUACCACGAAAGCACCAACUACCACUACAAAGGCAACAACCACUUCGACUCUUCCACCGGUGAUUUUUCCAACUAACACAGAAUUACCAGCUGCUCCAAUUUGUGUUUGUGUGGUUGUGACUCAAUGCGAUCCAAAUGGUAUCAUUGGCACGUCCGGAGAAGGUGUGAUCAAUCCUCGUUCGCAAUAUAUACGGUGUCCCAUUAGCAAUAUGGUCUGUUGUAAACCAACCAGUGUAAUCCAAUAUUCAUAUCCUCCGCUUGCCUCGUCACAAAUUUGUCUUUUAUGUGGAAGUGUAAUCCAGUGUAGCAAUGGCAUUAUGAUCCCUAUAAAUAUUGGAAGCGUGAAUCCUCUAGUGACUUAUGGACAACAGACGUGUCCUGUACCUACCUCUUGCUGUCAAGGAAUAAAUCCAUCGUAUGGGAAUGGGAUUCCAGUGGUUAUCGGGUCCAUUAGAAAUCCAGGAACCUCUCAGGCUUGUUAUUGCAUGAAGAGCUGGCUGUGCUCACCGGGAAACUCUGUUAGUUUCGAUGGCGCUGGUGUCAUUGAUCCGAGGUUCUCUGCGUGUGGAAUUGCGGAUGAAGUUUGUUGUCGACCUGUUGCUAUUAAUGCAGCAAGAAAUCGUGACUUGCAAGGAUCAAGAGAGAAUAUAAUAAAUGGGGAAGCUUCAUUUUCGCAAAUUGGAUGUGGUAUACAAAACAAAACAUAUGCGACAGUCCAACCUUAUCCUGUAGAUACUGGAAAAACAUAUUUCGCAGAGUUUCCGUGGAUGGUGGCUUUACUAACAAUACAAUCGGACGGUAAAUAUUUAUUUCAAUGUGGAGGAUCUAUGAUUACAAAUAGUGCUAUUCUUACAGCUGCGCAUUGUGUUACCAAUUUAGGAAGCAAUAGACCGAUAGCGCGUUUUGGUCAGUGGGAUUUAAAAUAUCAACCUGGCGAUCAACCAGUGCCUUUUCAAGAAGCGAACAUAAAAGUUAUAGUAACGCAUCCUCAGUUUUAUAAUGCUGCUUUGUUUAAUGACAUAGCAGUAGUCAUUUUAAACGCACCGGUAAAACAGAAUGUAAAUAUUGUUCCUAUUUGUAUACCGCAACAAGGAUUGAUAUUUCCUCCUGGUAUUAGGUGCAUUGGCACAGGUUGGGGAAAAAACUCAUUCGGUGGAACAUAUCAAUCUGAACUACGAAAAGUGGAGGUUCCAAUUGUGGAUAAAAUUGAUUGUCAAAAUCGGCUUCGAACAUCAAAAUUGGGACCAUAUUUUCAACUACAUAGUUCGUUCAUUUGCGCAGGGGGCGAGACAAAUAGGGACACGUGUCAAGGAGAUGGUGGUGGACCUCUGGUAUGUCCCACAGCUACGGGACAAUACUUUCAGGCUGGUAUAGUAUCUUGGGGAAUUGGUUGUGGAUCGUCGAAUUUACCUGCUGUUUAUACGAAUGUAGCACAAUUCACAGAAUGGAUCAAUCAACAGUUGGCAACUUAUGGGGCGUGAUAAAAAAAUUUAAUGUAUUUUACAAGUCUUUAUCUAGUCUUUUUUGUUUUUUUAUUAUAUAUAUUUUGAUGCAUUUUCAGAUAAAAUUAUAUAUGAUUAUUAUAAAACAAACGAAAUAAAUAAAU